GGUUCCUGGUGUUAAUGACCUUUACCUGUUGAGUAAGAGUAAAGUGUUGUUGAACCACGUGAAGCAAAAGGAAGCAUAAGGACUUCGGUAGAAAAAAGAAAGCAAAAUCAGGUUCGUAAAAGAGAAAGUUUUUAAACGUCCAUCUCUGCUGCAAGUGCAAGGUCAGCUAGAGGCUCAGUUUGUGUUGUGAGUUUUAAGUGAGCGAUUGUGUGGUUUGGCGUAAAAACUGUCAUCCGUUUCUCAUUGAGAAAAAAGACGCUGAUGAUAGCUUUUUGGAUACUAUAACGACCCUCUCAUCAGAAAAACUUGAAAAAAUAUGUUUGCAGAGAUUUUGUUAGCUGUUGCUUUAGCGGCUACUGAAAUUUCUGCAAAAUGUGGUCGAGGAAGCGUAGAUUCUUUUAUUUUAUCUACCAGUGUCCUACCAGCGCCAGCCUUUUACAGAAGAAUCCAGUACUCGACUCUUGUUGAGUGUUCUCGAACAUGCCUUCUGGAUGCCAACUGCCAGUCUUUUGUUUUCACGAAAAAUGACAACGAGACUGAAUGUCGUUUGAUGACGUAUGUGUCACCUGACACAAAAAGGCGCAUGGACCAGAUUCUUUUUCCUACGUCGGGAACCUAUUAUAUGGAAAAAGUUUGCUUAAAAGGGGCCUGUGAUCGUCUUUUUGUUGCUGAAUCCAUGAGAGGUAUGGAGCUUUCAGAACACAACGAUAAGAUUAUUUCCAACAGUUCUCGGUUGACAUGCUUGGAAGCGUGUCUUGGCAACAAGGAAUUCAGUUGCCGUUCCAUAGAGUUUGACUCUAAAUCAUCUGAAUGUAGACUUAGUCGUCAGGACCGUUUCAACAAAAAAUCUCACUUCCGGAAAUCUACUUCAGCAUCGGUGGAGUACAUGGACGUAACAUGCCCAUAUGAGGAAGGCAGAAAAGUGUAUGGCGCAGACAUCAUGCCAUUGGGCAACGUGGAACACCCUUACAGUUUAAUAGAAUACCAAGAUGUGACAGCAGAGGAAUGUGGUGAACUGUGUCUUAAAAAUACACUUUUUCCAUGCCGAUCUUUUCUCUCUGGUAGAGUUAGAAACAAACUGUAUUGUGGACUAACGCAUCAGAACAGAGAUGGUCUUGUUCAGAACCCUGGAAGUCUACACACUUCUAGAAGCCUCGAUUACUACGAGAUUACCCGGGGCUUAGAAGGUUGUGAUUCUAGCGAUCUUAGUUUCGAGCUAAUAUCUGGUGCAGUUUUGAAUACAAAUCCAUACUACGUCAAUUCUGAUGUUACUCCUCAGGAGUGUCUUCAGCGUUGUAAAAAAGACAGAAGGUGCAGAUCAGUCAAUAUUGACUACAGAAAAGGAGCUUGCCAGUAUAAUUCUGAAAGCACGGGACCAUCAUUUGAUGUUCUGCAGCAAAAUGGAAAUUUUAAUUAUUUUGAAAAGAUAUGUCUCCAGGGUUCGCAAUGCAAGCGUGAUUGGUCUUUCGAGAGAAUCAGAAAUAAGGAACUAACUGGCAUCGACCAUGAAAAAGUAAUUGUUGAAGCAGAUACAAAAGAGGAUUGCCAGAUUGCUUGCCUUAAUCACAAGGAAUUCCGGUGCCUUAGCGCAGAAUUUAACUAUCAGCUCACCGAAUGUCGCCUAAGCCCAUACAACAGAUUUUCGUCCACAGAAAAAGGAGUUUCAGUCAGUAAUUCAAGGCUAGUAGUGGACUAUUUUGAAAACAACUGUAUAAGUGAGCCUCGAGGAUUUUGCAAUACAAAACUCAUGAAGAAGAUGAAGCUAACAUUGAUGGAGAAAAUCUCUAGAGGAGAAUCUAUUGAAGAUUGUCGCCAACAGUGUUAUGAGACCGAAGAGUUCAUAUGUCGUUCAGCAACAUACGAUCCUAGAUUUAGAAGCUGCGGUUUAUCUCAUCAUACUAGAAAGUCUACACCAACAGAGUCUCUAGUUAGAUCAGACAUGAAUGAAUAUUUAGAAAUAUCGACUUGUUUUGAUGUGUCCGUAGAUUGCAAGCAAGAUCGUAUGCUGGCUCACAUUCAGACAAAUGCUCUAUUUAAAGGAAAAGUCUACGCAAAAGGAAAACCAAUGACUUGUGCAACCGAUAUUGAUAACAGCUUGGAGUUUACUUUACCGAUAUCAUUACAAAAUGCGGACUGUGGAACUGUUUCAGAGGAAGAAGGCAAAUUCUCAAAUGUUCUAGUGAUCCAAAGCAACGAUCAUGUUGUUACAGCGAUGGACAAAGCAAUCGGAAUUCAUUGUUCUUACGACGUUGGCAACAAAACAGAAGAAAUAGAUAUUAACAUAACGGCACCUAUAUCUCAUGAGAAGAGUCGAGGUUCGCCCUCCCUGCCAGAUCUUUCACUUCACAUUGUUGACAUGAAAGGAGAAGAAAGGGAAGCUGUCUCGCUGGGAGAGCUUCUGAGGGUUCAAGUCAGAAUGUCAGAUGAAGAUACAUAUGGGAUAUUUGUAAGAAACUUGGUUGCUAAAGAUGGCUCUGGCGGUAAUAAUUUGACACUUAUUGACAAUACAGGGUGUCCUGUAGAAGUAAAAAUGAUGCGAGAAGUAAGAACAAUAGAACCACAAAGCAAAUCUUUAGAAGGAUAUUUGGAAGCUUUCACCUUCACUGGUAGCACUACGCUUGAGUUAGAAGCAGAAGUUGAAACAUGUUUAGAACAUUGUAAACCGGUAUUGUGCCAAAUUCCCACAGGAAGACGAGAUGAUGACAUAGAAACAGUUUCUUCUUUUGGUCGUAAAAAGAGAGACGUCGAUUCAGAUGACGUAUUGUCGACGGUAACUCUUACGAAAACAGUUGCUGUUUUAUCCGAAGAUUUUGGAAGCUUGAAAUCAUUUGCCACUGAAAACUAUGCUUCUCCAGUAACUGCCCCUUCCCAUAUAGAUAAGGACAAUGGCUUCUUCCAAAAAUUUACUCCUCCAGUUGGAAAUAAAGAACAGACGUUUUGCUUUGACCCAACAAUGUUUGCUUUAAUUGGUGGAGGAUUCUUUCUGGCUGAAAUAUGCGGAUUUUCAGCGUGUCUUAUUGCAGCUUGCAAAUGGAAGGGGAAAGAUUCCAGAGCUAUCGUGAGCAAGCGUCGCCAUCUAUCGAUACAUUAUGAAAACAGUACAGACACUUCUUCAGAUAUUUGUUCAAAAUAGAUCUCGUCUUUUUUCUUUUAGCUAUUGUAAUUCAAUUAUUUCUUAAUUUUCUUUUUCGAUAUUGUGAAGAAGAAUAUAAUUGUUUUAAUUAACUUGCAAUUAAUUUUAAGCACAUUUUUUCUUUAACAUUUGAUUUUUUAAUUCAAACUUGUCUCAUUAAUUUUAAAAAUGUAUACAAAUUUUAUUUUUUGCUCUUAUAUAAAGGAUGAAAUAUUCAUCGUUUCUUUAAAAAAAAAAAAGCUUUAUAUUAUAGUUUUCUUUGUUUAAGUUGUUUAGUUUGUUUGUUUUUUGUUGCAACCUUUGUACAAUGUUUCACAAGGCAGCUAUUUUUUGUGAUGCGAAACAUCAUUUUACAUUGUAUUUGUAUAUAAAUGUGUUACAGUUCUUUAAUUAAAUUUUACAAAUAUGAAAUUUUCUUAAGCUGAAACUCGAAAGAAAUUGAAUUUUCAAAAGUAGGUUGGAAAAAAAAUGA